AUGUCGCGCGCCUGGGUCGAUAUGGACUCCCCGCCGACCCCUCGCUCGCCCAUCUCCCCACCUACAAUCCCAUACCGCCAGCCCUCGUACUUUGAGGCCAAACGCGCGUACUCUAAUUCCGGCUCGGUAGGGUCUCGGGGGUCCCCAUCUCCGCCUUCGGGGCAGAACGGCGCCAUGGACAAUGGGAACGGAGCGGGAAAACAGGGGCAGCAGGGGCAGCAGGGGCAGCAGGGGCAGCAGGGGCAGAACACGGAGGAGGUGAAGGAGGAAGAGGACGACGGGGGCUGGGGAGCCGAAAGCGAGGAUAGCAAGAAGGCGUAUCAGAAGCGGAUGCGCAAGUUUAGUGAGAAGAGCGAGUGGACGAAUCGGUCUGGGAGUGGGCCGAAGCAGGUGCAGCAGCCAAUCAGGCCAGCUGGGAAUACUAAUGGAUCUGGUCCGGGAAAGGGUGGAGAUGGCUGGCAGCAGGAUCCGCCACAAGCACACCGAAUGCCAGCUCCGGCUGCUCGAGCAUCAGCCCAGGAGCCGGAGUCGAGACAGAGGAAGGAGAACGGACCACCUCUUAUGCGCGAUCAGCCGAACCCACCUCGAGCAGCUUCACCAGCUCCUCCUCCCCCUCAAGCUCAGCCGCAGGCCCAAGCUGAGAUCUCGUCGCCCGAAGUCGCCAGCUCGCCCCGCUCAGGCGGUGACCGACCCGCUCGAGCCGUCAAUCGCAGCUCCAACGCGCUCGGACGGAUCCAUCGGCUUCUUGGCGGACAUUCGCCGGGCAAGGGCCGGGGAGCGCCCGAUGCGACUGGGACGGAUUCUUCUUCUGUCAAUUACGCUGAUAUGACGCCUUCUGCCCCCGCUUCUGCCCCUGCUCCUGCCGCCGACAACACCGCCAGGGAUUCCGCCAAACCUCUCGACAACGCAGCUCCGAAUGGAGGGGUUGGAGAAGCCAAGGGCGAAUCAGCUGUGCACGAGACAGGGAGCAAGGAUGGGACUGCCGCCGCACAGCAAGCUGAACAGUCCCAAGUAGCUUCCGGCUCAACAGGGGACGAACUCGCCCCCCACCUCCACGCGCUAGACCAAGAGAUCGACGCUUCCCUCUCUGACGGCGGAUGGACCCCCGACUCGUCCGUCCGACACUGGGCAAGCGAUGUCGAUCCGGAGGCCGUCACGCAGACGAAACCAUUCGUCAACCUCUCCCCAACCAAGGUGCUCACUGAAGCUAUGGCCAAGGAGGCCGCUACCAAAGCCAACGCCAACACCGGUGCGACAUCCGAUGGCCCCGUAGAGGUGCCGGUCCCGGUGGUACAGCGGGCUUCAAAUACGGUCGUCUGGUCGGAUCGGUCCAAGGGAACCUAUUGGAAGCGGGACCCGCAUCCUGCUUUUAGCGCCAAGUACAUGACUAGGAGAUUACUGGUCAAGAUGCCGUUCCCACUUCGUGUCGAGGCGAUCAAGCCGACUAUGAUGGAGCACUUUGGGAAAUAUGGGCCUGUCCGGAUGACAUGGAACCAUGAACCACGCACCUCUGAAGCCGCUGAGCAGAUCCUCAUCAUCUUCGAGAACGAAGAAUCGAUCGACGCAUGCCUCGCCGACCCGGGCCACACCGCCUGCCUCGUCAAGUCCGGCGCUAGAUCCGAUAUCGUCUCUGUCCCCAUCAAAGUUUCUCGCGCUCCCCUCGCAGCCACCGCCAAGACAGUCUACCUCCGUCUCGUCGGCGCCCGCACGCCCGCAGGCGACGAGUCAGAGUCGGCAGGCAGGGGCAUGAACGCCAGUAUCCCCCCUAUGAUCUUUAUCGAUGCUGUGCCGGUGCGAAAGCGGAGCACGGGGAGGGUCGAGUAUUGGGCGCAUGUCCGAUUACCGGGGAGUGGGUUCGAGGAGCUGGCGGAAUAUGCGGUGGAGCAGACUGGGCAGCGGGCGGAGAUUAUUACGACGUUUGAUCUGAGUGAGGGUGUCCCGGAGGAAGAGAUCGUGCCGAAGCUGGUGGAUUACUUCUGCGACUUUGUGGAUGUCCUCCCGAAUGCGGGCGCAUCGCAGGGAUGGCUCGUCUCCGUCGCGAGUGCAGUGGACGGCAGGAGCCUAAUGGGUGAACUGGCCAAGAUUCCAGGUAUGCUCUCGAGGUGGGCGACCCCGCUGGAAGAGCUGAGGAUGAGGCAGGGAUCGGACCAGCCUCUCGGCGAGGCAGCAGCGAUGAUGGGUCCUGGGAGUGGGCCCGGGAGGAAUUCUACGCCGAGCGCUGAGCAGGCGGCUAUGUACCAGGCGCUCAGAGAAAAGGCCUGGCCGUCUGAAGCUCCGACAUAUAGGGCGCGGCCUAUGGACGCUGCGCCUCAGGCGGUAUCUGCAAAGCCAGCUCCGGUCGUGCCCACCCCGACUCCGGCGGCGACUCCAGCGGCGGCGCCGGCACCGACACCUGCAGCUUCGCAGCCAAUAGCAGCCGUCACUGCUCCGGUACAGACACCGGCACCAGCACCGGCACCGGCGCCUCGUGCUGUCUCUCCUGCUCCGGAACCUACGCCGCAAGCGGCUCGUCCAGCAACUCCACCACCGCCACCUAUCGCUCAGCCCGCCCCAUCCAUCAGCGCAAAGCUCACCGCAAGGCUCGUCCCCACGUACAGAGGCCGACUCCUGCGGGAAGACGACUCGCAAGACGAGCCCAAGUUCUACGACGACGCAGCGAUCGCGGUGAGCCAGCUCGUCAAGGACAAGGAGACGGAGAGUAGCUUGUUUGCUCGAUUUAGCCGGUAUGGUCAAGUGUGUGGUGUGGUGUACAGGCCUCAGCUGGAUCAGGGGGAGUACGGGAGUGCCAAGAUUCUGUAUAGCAGUCAAGCUGCAGCAGAUCGGGCUUUGAAGUUUGAGCAAGAAGCAGACUCGUUUGGGUCAGCUAUCAAGGUGGAGAAGCGUCGUGUACUGCCCAGCGACGUCAAGCUGGAAGAGAAGCUCAUCGACGAGCACGGUCGAGCGUUCAGUCCGGACAUGAUUGCGCAGUACAGCCCGCCUCAGACCGCCAUUGUUACCGGACCGGCUGUCCCGCCUGCUCCGCUCAGCGAUGGGCCGAAUCCGACGCCUCUGCCGCUCUUCUGGAUGGCGGCUUCCUCUGCAUCAGACUCGACAACGGUUCUUUAUACACUUUGCGCCGGUCAGCCACCUACGACUGCAAAUGUGACUGAGGCGAUAGCGGCUGCUCCUGCGCUUCCUGCACCUGCGGUCUCGACUACUCCUGCCCCCCAACCUACCCCGUCUGCGCCCGUCACAGCGCCGCCGGAAAUCACUCAACCUACACCGCAGGCCGCGUCCGAUUCCCCUCCUUCCGCUCGUGCCGCUCAGCAGACUGAUCCAGAGAGACCGACGCCUCAGGUCUCUCAGGUCUCCGCCGAGCCAAGCCAACCGCCUCCGGACACCCGUCAGCGCGACGUCCCGGGAGGCUUCAGUAACGGUUCGCAACGGUCGGACGCGCCCUCUUCGUCCAACCAGCAGAGCUCGGCGCCGACCUCUAUCCAGGCCGACCAACCCUCCUCAGCGCUAGCUCCUGAGCCGGCGAAUUCACCUAUACGGCACACCAGCUCGUCGGCGCCGUUCAGCCCACCUAAUGGUCCUUCUGCGCGUCCGCCUCCAUCCUCGGGCGUGACGAAUCACUAUCGACAGGCGCAGCAGCAGCUCCAGCCACCGCAGCCCACGUUCCCAUCAUCCGGUCCCCAGCAGGCGCCUUUCCAGCAGCAGCCUCCAUUUCAGCAGCAGCAGCAGCCACAGCAGCCGCAACAAUCCUUCCGAUCCUUCAACCCCAAUCCCAAUCCUAACUGCAACAACCAAGGUCGGCCAUAUCAACAAGGCCCGAACGAAGGGUACUCCAACUUCAUGAACAAUGGGAACCGGCAGCCAUACGGACGCCCUCCACCGCCUCAUCAGCCUCAGAGGGUGCGGGACGGGGAGCGAGCGGAUAGUGCUGGGAAUUGGGGGGCGCAGAGGAUGGCAUUCCAGCAGAGCGGGAUGGGGCAGCAGGAGGGGCAAGGACAGCCGAGGCACCAGGGAUACGGUCAGGGGUAUCAGGGACCGCAGUGGCAGCAGCGGGGUCAGCAAGGGCAGGAGGUGCCACAGGGACAGUAUGGACAACAGGGGUACCAGCGGCCAUCGGCGCAGGGGUCGCAGGGAUCGCAGGGGUACCAAAGUCAGCAGGGGGGAGGGAAGUCGAGGGAGCCCAGUGCUGGUGGGGGCAGCGAUGCGGGAGGAUCUACGGGGGGUUGGUGA